AUUUCUUUGUAUAUAUAUAACAAUAUAGUCAUACUAGAACGAUGAGUUUCCAAAAACGAAAUGCAGAUCAACAACCUAAACUUCCUCCUGGAUCACGUCUUAGUGCAUAUAAUGGACAAUUAUUAAUAUCAACAGGGGUGCCAUCGCUCGAUGAUAUUCUUGGAGGAGGCUUACCUGUAGGUACCGUAUUAUUAGUCAAGGAAGAUCGUGCAACCACCUAUGCUCAACUAUUACUCAAAUAUUUCAUGGCUCAAGGUAUUUCGUCAGGACAUCAUUGUACACUCGUAUCCAAAGACGAAGAUCCUUCUGAAAUGGCCCGCAAUCUCAUGUGGUUGGCAUCCUCCGAUGCUGAUAUGGAUGACGAUGAUCUCGGCAACAAGACAAGUAAUACUGGUGAAAGUGAUCGAAUGAAGAUUGCUUGGAGAUAUUCUCAUCUCAAAAAGUUUGAAACAAGUGUCAAGGCAACGCCAGUACCUACACCACGCCCUGUCACCAAAGAUACCGUUUCUACACCUACUACUAGUGCUGACAAAUCAAAGGAUCCUCCACCUUAUUGUAGUUUAUUUGAUCUUACCAAACGCAUUCCCGAAACUAUAUUGGAACAAGCUUCGUUAUCUUUGAUAGAUCCUUCUUCAGAAAAUAAUGAUGAUGAUACUGUGGAUCAAUAUGGUGAUUUGAUACAAAAAAUACGAAAAGUGAUUUUGGAUGGAAACUUUAGUUCGGCAAUCCCUGUUCCUCCAGGUACUCAACGAAAUGCAUUACGGAUAGCUAUUCAUUCUCUGGCUUCACCUAGUUGGCAAUCCAAAUCAUCACAUGAUCUAUUCAAGUUUUUCCAUGCUCUUAGAGGUUUAUUACGAUUCUCUUUUGGUGCUGCUAUUGUGACAAUUCCUGCCUAUUUAUAUGAAGAAGUACCGAAUUAUAUCUGUCGUGUAGAACAUGCUGUAGAUGCAGUAAUAGAAAUUGAAUCAUUUGCUGGAUCAUCUUUACAUAAUGAUAAACCAUAUACACAAAACUACCAUGGAUUCUUUCACGUUCACAAGUUACCAGUCCUCAAUUCUCUUUUACCACCAAGUACUAAAUUAUCCGUAUUAUCUGCUGGAGGAAGCAAUGAUCUAGCAUUCAAAUUACGAAGAAAACGAUUUGCCAUAGAAACAUUCCAUUUACCGCCUGAAGGAGGAGUAGUAACACGUCGAACAGAAGCACCAGAAACUACAGAAAAACCAGCAAAGAAUAAAGGAUCAGUACAAAAACGACAAAUUGGUGGUGGAUGUGGCUCAAGACCAGGAAAAGUGGAUCCAUUGGAAUUCUAAAAUUAGAAUUAACUAUAUAUAUACAUGU